AUGCAAGAAAUAUUCGGUAAACCAAUAGAUAAUGAAACGAGAUGUGUUCAUUGGAAUUCAGAAAAUGAUAUAAUUGCAAUCAAAUUCAAAUGCUGCAAUAAAUUCUAUCCAUGUUUCCAAUGUCAUGAAGAGACAACUGAUCAUGAAUUAGAGAAAUUUAAUAGAGAGGACGAUAGCGUCAAAACUAUACUAUGUGGUCAUUGUCAUAAUGAAAUGACUUUCAAUGAAUACAAACUUUUGCACUGUAAAUUUUGUCAGUCACAGUUUAACCCCUAUUGUAAAUUACAUUACGAUCAUUACUUCCAUUAA